CAAACAAACAUUACAAUGCGGAUUAUUUUUAACUGAGUACUUUCGCGAAUCUGCGCCAAGUCUAUAUGUCACACUGCUCGGUAAAAAUCUGCAAAUCUGACAUCAGACACCGGGUGGGAGGAAGCAGACUCGACUCGGGUCAUCCCCUUAAAAGUGUGGCUGUCAAUCACAGCCAACGUUAUUUGAUGCGGUGAUUUAAUCAACGUAGAAACUUUACCGGGAGUGAAACGUGAUUCUCCGCCACCACCCUCCCGGUGCUGCGCGCGGUGUUUACUUCCAGUUUCUUCCUCAACAAACGGGAAGUUUGUUGUUUUCCCCCGUUGACCGUGAGUCAUAUGAUGUGACUGUAAGGAAGGAGGAACGCAGCAGAGGAAACCGCUGUUUUUUAGUUUGUUUUACUGCCACAGAAAGCCCUCAAAGAGGAACACGUCGGAGAAAGUUAGCCGAGGACGGUGAUGUCAACGUCUGAACCGAAACUCACACCGACAGCUUCUCUGAUCGUGACAGCUACUUGGAGCCGAAUUGUAGCUUAUGUAAUAUGAUGAAACUAAUAUUCAGUAACGUGAUAUCGUGAUAUGAGUGGCACUUCGCCCGUUUUUCGCCCCCCCCCACCGUGCCAUGCUUGUUUCCGAGGGAGAGGGCACUGCUGAAAACCUGAAUGCGCGUCAGCUGGUUAAACGGUAUUUCACACAGACCAUGGAGACUAAAGAGGAGCAGGAAGAGCGGCUGAAGAAGCUGCUGGUGAGGCUCAAAAUCCCGCAGGAAGACCGGCAGCUGUGCACGCUGAUUCAGAUCAUCCGGGAUCUGCUUUUCCUGGCGCAUAGCGACAAUGGUAGGAAACCAACAUGUGUUGUUUCUGCACGUGCGUCAUGCUGCCGUACAUAAAACACGAUGUCCUUCGGUCAUGUUGUUUUUAAUUGGUGGGGACAAGUACUCAGAUACUUAUACUUAAGUAUAAAUAGUGUGAAAACACUACUUAUACGUGUGUGUAUAUAUAUACCACAUACAUGCCACAGUGUGAAAGAAGGCAUGCAUUCAAAAGAAAUGCAGAAAAAUACUAUGUUCAUAUUUUAUUAUCUUCUAUUAUUCCUGGUGCAUUAAGUGGAAGCAUCAGUUUUUGAUGUUGCAAGUUGUUUUUUCAUCACAUGCAUGUACUGUAGGUAGUGGUGGAAGAAGUAUGCAUCUUUUACUGCUUUGAAGUAUCAACAGAAACAUAAUUUACUUAAAAUGACUUCAGAGAGUUGUAUUAUCACUGAUGCGUCAACAUGUGAACAGCAUUGUAAUGUUACAGCAGGUGGAGGCGGAGCUUAUUUAUACUUUAGAUAGAUAGAUGGACUUUAUUUCAGGGUCCAUAGAGGCAAAUGCAUAAAAAGACAGACACAAACAAUAAAAUAUAUGAUGUUGGAGAGUGUCUUUUACAGCACAGUGUCAUAUUUUAUAAGUUGAUCAUGUGUGUUGUAGGUAAAAUCAUAAUCUGUAAGGUAACUAGUAGUUGUGAAGGAGAGGAAGGUACAAUAGUUUCUCCUUAAAUGUGGUGGAGUGGGUUUAAAAAGAUGGAGUAAAUGGAAAUACUCAAAGUGAAGCACAAGUACCUCAGAAAUGUACUUCUACCACAGAGUGACUGUGUUUGGUCCUAAGAGAGUUUUACUUGUCAGUUUGGCAUUCUUGUACACAGAUCAUGAGUUAAAGUAUUUUUAUUAGACUUGUACUAUUUCCUUUUUCUGCAGAUGUGUUCUCAGGGGCCUUACUUCACACUAUACUACUACACAUCAUUGUAGUGAAUAGCAUUGCUGUAGUUGGUGUCGGUGAUUUAAUCCAACAGAGCAACAUCUGGUUCUUAAUAUUAAGAUGGUACCACUUAAUUUAUCAUAAUGCAUACUUUACUUGUUGCUGCCACGUACACUUUUUUUUGGAUACUAUUGAUGUAUUUUAUAUAUAAAAAGCCAAGUAUUCUCCAAUUUCAGCUUCUCAUUCGUAGAGAUCUUUUGUUUGGUGUGAGCAGUUUUAGCCAAUAGUUUCAUAUUGUGUUAAUGUUUUAUUUGAAUAUUUCCUCUAUCACUGUCUCUGUCUCUCCUGCACAGACUAACAAAAGACAACUAAACUCACACUUGUCAUGUAAUCCUUGUUGUUUUUAUCGAGCCUUGCUCUAUGGUUUUAAAGACAGAAAUGAGUGCAUUCAAAGCUAACUUGUCACUUUUCUUUAAUACCUGUUGCAGCAGCCAAACUGUUUGAGGACAAAGAUGUCCAUACCGCCCUCGUGGUGGUAAUGUCGUCCUACAUUGGCAGCGGAGAAGUCCAACAGGUACCGCGGGACACCAGAAAGUUCUUACAAACCGUGUGUGUGUGCGUGUCAGCAUCACCUGCUCAGGUUUAAAGUCACCCACAGCUGACCCGCCCACGCCCGAUCUACCGUGUUUCUGGCGUCUCGUGACUGCAGCUUAUCAGAGGUCUGAUAGCAGCGUAACACAAAGAGAAAGUCAGACUGUGAGUCGGUCAGUCGUAACAAACUCCUUUGAUCAAUAAAACAUAAUCUGGAAAACGAUUUCCACAUUCUCCCGUGUUCCUGAAGCUGAGCAUGAACUAUUAGUCUGUCUACCAGAGCACACUGCCGUCUGAAAGGGCCAAUCAAUGGUCAGGAUCAUGUCGGUGUUUAUGGACCUGAGUAUUUUAAACGCUGUCACGUCGCAUGGUAGCACAUGCAGGUCGGAUGACAUCACUUCACGUUGCAUUCUACCCGACACGUUAACGGUUGAGCAACGUUAAACUGGUGGGCUGGUCACUGCUGUGUCGGCUGAUUGAAAUAUGCCCCCGUACGCUGGACCAGCUGACCAGACCUCUGCAGGCAGCCAAGGACUGGGAGGUACUGGGAGUGCACCAGCAGAUCCUGAAGGUGCUCUGUCAGUACGGCACAGACUGCAAAGUCACCAUGGUCGGACUGCGAGCCCUGGCUCUCUUGCUCAGAUCAGACCUGGUUCCUCUGCUGGUGCUGGAGGAGGAGGAGGAUGUGUUUGGCCUGGUGGUGCAGGCGAUGAAGAAGUUUCCUGCCAGUGAAGAGGUGCAGCUCCAGGGCUGUGCAGCCCUGCAGGUCCUGUUGGAGAGAGUAAGUGACGACCACCUGGUGGAGUUUGUGGAGAACCAGGAUCACGUUGUGGUUCUGGCGGCUCUGCAGAGGUUCCCGGACAACCCCGAGCUGCUCCUGCAGGCCAUGAAGGUGAUGCUCCCGCUGGCUUGUCCCGGCAGUAACGUGGAGGUGUUGAUGUCGGGAGGCGCUCGCUGCUACAGCGUGAUCAUCGCCACCAUGGACGCCUUCCCCGAGGCGGAGGAGCUGCAGGAGACGGCCUGCUGCCUCUUCAGGAGGUUUACGUCAGAGAGUUACUACAACAUCCUGGUACUGAACGGCGUCCAGAGGGUCGCGGUGAGAGCCUGCCAGGCCUUCCCGCACAACGCCACGCUGCAAGCCGCCGCUCUCUCCUGUCUGGCUGACCUCACUGCAACCAUCGUGCAGAGCAAAGCGGUGGCCGAGCAGGGUCUGGAGGAGGGAGAGGAGGAGGAGAACAGGGGCCGGGAGGAGGUGGAGGACAUGGGCCUGGGCUGGAUGGAGGCCUGCUGCACGGCGCUGGAGCUCCACGCUGCCGAGCCAAACGUUCAGGAAGCUGCAAGCUGGGCCAUUCACAAUUUGUUACUGCACGGAGCUGCUGUGGACCGUUCACAGGAGGAGCGGGAUGAGAGGACUCCUGUUCACAGACAGUUAAUGGUGGCCAUGCUGCUCCACUCCUCCUUUCCCAGAGUGUUUCAAGCUGCUACCAGUGCCAUCGCCACUCUGCUCACACACAACGGUGAGAUGCGGUCUCCGCUGCUGUCCAGCGGGCUCCACGUCAACCUGGUGGAGAUGAUGAAGAGACACUCGACCUCGGCUGAAGUCUCCAUCAGCGCCUGUAAACUGCUCAGCCUGCUCUUUCAGGGAAGGACAGCCAGUCUGGAUGAGUUGAACAUGGCCAUGAGUCAGAUCCUCGGCGCCAUGAAGGUCCACAACUUCCAGCCAGAGGUUCAGCUGGAGGCUCUGCAGGCCAGCCUGGUCUUCCUCUGCCCAGACAGGAGUUUAAGGGAGCACGGCGUCUCGGUCGCAGACCCCGACAUGGCCGACGUGUCGCUGAAGGUCCUGAAAAACCAGUGUGUGUUGGAAGGAGCUCACACCCUCUACCUGGAGGUUCUCAACAGGUUCAUCAGCAGCUCCGUCAUCCAGAGGUGCGGUCUGAAGGUGCUGUCCGCUCUGGCCGACUGCUCCGGUGCAGUGGACUUGCUCUGCCAGCAGGGUGCGAUAGACACGGUGCUGCAUACGCUACAGAUGUUCCCACGGGAACGAGAGAUACACUACUGGGGGUUCACCCUGCUCACCUACCUCGUGUCCAAGAAGAAGCUGUCGAGGAUGAUCGUACCCGUUCUGGCCUCCGUUGUGGUCGCCUCGCUCAUCCAGUACAGAGACGACUCCGAGAUGCUCCUGAAGUGUUUUCAGGUGGCUUUGAGGAUGCUGGACGCCUGUUCAGGAGCCGCUGCUGAACUGCAGAGAGAAGACUUUGACAGGCAGAUCUUCCAGCAGCUCAGAGAGGAGACUCUGGACCAGAGCAACUAUGCUCUGCGUAAGUCGGUGUACCUGGCUCUGUCUAAGAUGUGGUGCGACUCCCAGCUGCACUACGGCAUGCUGGAGAAGGCAUGCGAGGACGGAGACGCCACGCUGGCCGAGUGUCUCAUCGAGCUGGGCGCCGACAUCAACGGGAAGACCAAAGCAGAGUCCCUCAUCUACCAGGUGUGCGAGCGAGGCGGACCCCUCGAGCUGGUGGAGCUCCUCCUCAGCCGAGGCGCCCAUGAGCAGCACCUGCGCAGGGCUCUGGCUGUGAGCGUGAAGCGCGGCGAGGGGCCCACGGUCAUCCAGCUGCUGGGCCGCCUGGGCCUGGACCUCAACAACAGCGCCCUCUGCCUCGGGGGCUUCAGGCUGGGCCGCCUGGACGCCGCCUGGCUCAGCCCCCUGCUGGCGGAAAGAGGCCGAGCGUUCAGUCUCCGUUACACCAACAGUAAAGGCGUGAGUUUGGCGAGGUACAUUCAGUCAUGCCAGAGGUCCAAGAGCCUCGGUGCUCCUCCUAGAUCUCUGGGCGACCCGUGUCUGACUUCUGGCUACAUUUCCGACGAGAGUGACGACUCCAGCUUCAGCUUGGUCUCCAUGGACGACAGUUUAGUUUUCAACGACGACAUGGAGAGUGACGGAAGCGACUCGCUGUCGGGCGUCCUGUCUCCAGAGCCGCACAAUAAAUCCACAGAGGAGUUGAGGGGGAGGUCCUCCAAAGGGAAGCAGGGGCGCCGCAGACAUGCCAGUGCAGAGAGUGGUCAAACUGAGAGUGAACACAGUGAGCAUGUGCAGAGGAGAUAUGGAAGGACUGGCUCAGGUCAAAAAGUGUUCGGCUCUGGUGAGAGCUCGGCCGCUCCGUCCAAGGAGAGAGAGCGGAUCCUCCUGCUGGACCUGUCGGGUAACGAGCUGGACUCUCUGUCCUGUCUGAUGGACGACGGCUUCGUCCAGCAGCAGCUGGGGCAUCUCCUCCGCCUGGACCUGAGCCACAACAGUCUGCUGGAGUUCCCCUCAGCUCUUUGCCAGAGCCUGAGGAGUCUGACUCGACUGGACCUGCAGGGCAACCAGCUGCGCUCGCUGCCGGCGGAGCUGCUGUCGUUGCUCUCGCUGAGCACGCUCAACGUCUCUCGCAACUGCGUGGCACCCCUGCUGACCUUCGACCCCGCCGUCACCUGCCCAUCGCUGCGGCACCUCAAUCUGUCUUUCAACAAAAUCACAGCGUUCCCUCACGAGCUGGGCCGCGCCACGGACCGGCUGGAGGAGCUGGUCCUGGAAGGGAACAGUUUAACUGAGCUCUGCGUGCCUCUGUGUCUGCCGGAGAUCAAGCUGCUCGACGUGAGCAAGAACAGUGUGGAGACUGUUUCUCCAGACUUCCUGACCGGCUGCCCCAAGCUGGAAACAUUCAGUGCCUCCAUGAACAAAAUCUGUUCUCUGUCACAUCUCUCGUCCAAGAUCACAACGCUGAAACUAGCAAACAACAGCUUCACCGAUGUUCCUGAGGCCAUACUUAAUCUCCCAAACUUGCGAUCAGUGGACAUGAGAACCAACUGCAUCGCUGCUCUGCCCGGCCCAGGACUCUGGGAGUCCAGCAACCUCAGAGAGCUGAUGUUCAGCCACAACGCCAUCAAGGUUCUGGAUCUGAGCGGGCCGAUCCACAAGUGGACCAGACUGGAGAAACUCCACCUGAGUGACAACAAGCUCGCUCAGAUCCCCCAACAGAUCGGCCAGUUGGAAGGACUCACCUCGCUGGACGUGAGCCGUAACGCUAACUUGCGGUCCUUCCCCGAUGAGAUGGGGAAACUGGGCAGACUGUGGGACCUCCCGCUGGAUGGCCUUCGACUCCAGCUGGACCUCAAACUCAUCGGCAGCAAGACCAAAGACAUCGUCAGGUUCCUGCAGCAGCGGCUGAAGAAGGCGGUGCCGUACUACCGCAUGAAGCUCAUCGUGGUGGGGAACGCCGGCAGCGGGAAGACCUCCCUGAUCCAGCAGCUGAUGAAGCUGAAGCGCUCCCAGUUGAACUCCAAGCUGGCCUCCGUCGGCAUCGACGUCCGGGACUGGGCCAUCAGGGAGCGGGACAAGAAGAGAAUGGUGCUGAACGUCUGGGACUUCUCCGGAGGAGAGGAGUUCAGCGGCUCUCACCCGCACUUCCUGACCUCCAGAGCUCUCUACCUCGUGGUGUACAACCUCAGCAAAGGAGCCAGUCAGGUGGAGGAGCUCAAGCCCUGGCUCUUCAACAUCAAAGCCGUGGCUCCUCUGUCCCCGGUCAUCCUGGUGGGAACCCACACGGAUGUGAGCGAUGAGCUGCAGCUUCAGGCCUGCCUGACCAAGAUCAGGGAGGAGCUGCUGAACCACCAGGGCUUCCCCGCCAUCAGGGACUACCACAUGAUCUCAGUCUGCGAGGACUCGGACGCCAUGGCCAAGCUGCGCAAGGCCAUCGCCAGGGAAGCCACCAACUUUAAGAUCCAGGGCCAGCCCGUGAUGGGCCAGCUGGUUCCAGACAGCUACGUGGAGCUGGAGCGCCGGGUUCUGCAGGAGAGAACCAGGGUUCCCCCGGAGUUCCCCGUUCUCCGGCACCGGGAGCUGCUGCAGCUCAUCCAGGAGAGUCAGCUGCAGCUGGAGGAGGCAGAGCUGCCCCACGCCAUCCACUUCCUCAGUGAAGCCGGGGUUUUGCUGCACUUUGAUGAUCCUGCUCUUCAGCUCCAAGAGCUCUACUUUAUCGACCCACAGUGGCUGUGCAACAUCAUCUCCCAGAAACUGACGUUGAAGAGCUGUGGCUUCUGGGAGCAUCCUAAAGGAGUUGUUCAGCGCUCAGUGGUGGAAAAGUUUCUGUUUGAGACCAAAUGUUUCCCCAAGAGCCACCUGACGCAGUUCUUCAAGCUGCUGGAGAAGUUUCAGAUCGCUCUACCCUUCGGCGAGGACCAGCUGCUGGUGCCCAGCAGUUUGUCCAAACACAGACCGGUGAUCGAGCUGCCUCACUGCGAGAACUCCGAGGUGAUUGUCCGUCUGUACGAGAUGCCGUACUUCCCCAUGGAUUACUGGUCUCGCCAGAUCAGCCACCUGCUGGAGGUCUCUUCUUACCUGCUUUGUGGAAGAGGAAAAGCGGUGCGACCAAACCGGAUCUACUGGAGGAGAGGCGUGUACCUGAGCUGGUCCCCGGAGGCCUACUGUCUGGUGGAGGCUUCCUCAGAGGAGAACCCCUCCAGCUUCGUCAGGAUAACAGUGCCCUCUUCACGCAAAGGCCGGGUGCUGCUGGGUCAGGUGGUGGACCACAUCGACUCCCUGCUGGAGGAGUGGUUUCCCGGCCUGCUGAACACAGACAUGCACGGCAGCGGCGAGGCUCUGCUGAAGAAGUGGGCUCUGUACAGCUUUGAGGACGGGCAGGAGUGGAGCAAGAUUCUGCUCGAGGACCUCUUCACCUGCUUUGACAAUGAUUUUCUGCUGGUGAACCCGGAGGACCCCCGCUGCACACUCCCCAUCUCUCAGAUCGCUCCUGACUUGGUGCUGAGUGACCAGCCUGCAGGAACAAUACUGGACGGUGGAGAGCUGCACGUAGACAUGUCCAUAGAGAACCGCCUGGGGGACGGAGGCUUUGGGACGGUCUAUCGAAGUGUCUACAAAAACGAAGAAGUGGCUGUGAAAAUAUUCAACAAGCAUGCAUCUGAGCUUUAUAUCUACAGACUCCUCAGACAGGAGCUGGUGGUGUUGGGUCGCCUCCGUCACCCCAGCCUGGUGGGUCUGCUGGCGGCCGGCUCGUCUCCCCCGGUCCUGGUGAUGGAGCUGGCUCUGAGAGGCUCGCUGGACUCCCUGUUUGAACACGAGCACAGCAGCCUCAACAGGAAGCUCCAGCACAGAAUCGCCCUGCAGGUGGCCGACGGACUCAGGUUCCUUCACUCAGCCAUGAUCAUCUAUCGGGACCUCAAGCCCCACAACGUCCUUCUGUUCAACCUGAAGACCGACUCCGAGAUCAUCGCCAAGAUCACCGACUACGGCAUCGCUCAGUACUGCUGCAGCAUGGGAGUGAGGAGCUCCGAGGGCACGCCAGGUUUCCGAGCACCGGAGGUGGCCCGAGGCAACGUGAUCUACAACCAGCAGGCCGACGUGUUCUCCUUUGGCCUGCUGCUCUACGACCUCCUGACCUGCGGCGAGCGGAUCUCUGACGGCAUGAAGUUCCCCAGCGAGUUCGACGAGGUUGCGGUGCAGGGGAAACUGCCAGACCCAGUGAAACACUACGGCUGCUCACCGUGGCCGGGCUUCCAGGCUCUGAUGAAGGACUGUUUGAGGGAAAGCCCUCAGGGUCGACCCACCUCUGCUCAGGUGUUUGACAGGCUGAAUUCAGGGGAGAUGUACCUGAUGAGGGAGCUGGUGGUUCCCCGGGUGUUCAACGCAGAGUGCCUCGCGGUGAGCGCCUGCAGCGCCGACGGCCCCCCGAACAGCCACCGAGCAUGGGUGGGUGGAGGCAGCAGCGCCCAGAGACUCGGCUCCAUCACAGCUGUGGACCUGGAAGACGGCACCGUCACGACGCAGAAUAUAGACACCAGUCCCGUCUUGUGUCUCGUGACCAUCCAAAUCCCGAGCGAGGCGUGUGAUUGGCUGGUGGCCGGCACCCAGUCUGGCUCCUUGGUGGUCGUCAGCACUCGCGACGCGUCAAAGUGGCACCGCCUGCAGAGUGUCACGGACGCCGUCACCUCGCUGUACUUCCACGUGCACCCUCGUCGCACCCAAAGAAAGAAUUACUUGCUGGUUGGGACGGCUGAUGGAGUUCUCACUGUUUACGAGGACUCUGUUCUCGAGCAGGAGAACGGGCAGCCGGUCAAAACGCUCACGGUGGGAAACGUCAACACGCCCGUCGUGUGCCUGGGCCAGUCGUCUCAUUCGCUGGACAGCAGAUCCGUGUGGGCCGGCUGCGGCACCAAGAUCCUCUCCUUCACCGCUGACUACGACGUCUGCAAGAGCAUCGACACGAGACCCAGCCUGGUCCUGCAGCAGCAGCAGCGGUCGCUGGGAGGUGAAGCGUGCGUGUCCCGACUGGUUGUGGAUAAAUACGUUUACCUGAGCAAAGCCGGGACGACAAGCGUGGAGGUUUGGGACAAGAGGGGCGAGAGGAUGGUGGACUGCAUCAACUGUGCUCAGAUCAUCAGACAGGACAGCGAGGUGGAGCUGCCCGCCGAGGCGACUCCCUCCUGGGCCAGAGUGAAGGCCCUGCUGGUGCAGAGCGCUGCAGCCCUCUGGAUCGGCACUAGAGGGGGCCACCUGCUGCUGCUGGAGCUCUCCAAACACCAGACGCUGCAGGUCAUCGGGCCCUGCUGCGACUCCAUCCGCUGCAUGGCCUCGGCACUCAUAGAAACACUGAACUGUAAGAACGUGGUGCUGGUUCUGGGCAGAAGAUUCCCACAAGAUGCAAAUCAGUUUGACCAGGAGUCGGUGCUAAUGGUGUGGAGCAGCACGCUGCCGAUGGAGGUCAAAGACCUGAACAAACACUGCGAGAAAAGAGAGCAGAUAGCGGCCAAGAUGAGAGAGCAGCUCCAUCAUGACUGAGCCCCACACGUGUGUUGGUGCGUUUUAUUCACUCUGCAACCUGCGUUUCAAUCGGUGUCUGUUUUUUAUUUAAUUUAAAGUUACUGUGAGGAACUCUAUUUGAUUCUGACGCCUCUAUAUGACCUACUUAAGUAAACAAGUCCAUCAGCAAGAAGAUUGGCUGUUUCUAUGUCGUUUUUCUUAAUGCUCGUCAUCGAUGCCACCGGGUCAGAGUAACAUCUGAUUCUCAGUAAUGCUGGACCCGCUGGAUGGAGGAGAGUCACGGAAGAACCAGAACCAGGACUGAGCGGGGCAGACUGUCAGACCCUGCUGCAGUAAAAUGAGUUCCUAAAGGGACUCUGGUGCUCAGAGACACUACCUACCGCUUUUGUACAUUGCAAUGAAUCAAUCAAAGGUCUCUUUUUAAAGAUGCACACUUAUGAAAUGAUUUGCCGUGUUUCACAAGACAACCUUUGUAAUUUGUGCAGAGACAUUUCUCUAAAAGGGACACAGAUGGACUGAUUCGCGUUGUUAUCAGCGCAGAUGUUCAGGAAGACCUCCUGAUAAAAAGAGACACUUGUUUACCCGCAGUAUGCUUUAAAAAAAAAACAAAACAAGGAACGAAAGCCAAAGGAAAAAAAGCCUCUAAAAGUGUACAUGUGAUUAUUUAUUCUCAUGUCUGUGAGCUCGUUAGUAAACAGGACACGGGACGUCUCAAAUGGAUUUGUACAAAGUUUUUAUGUCAUGUUACUGAAAGUCGCUGUUUGUGAUGAAGUCAAACACUAUUGUGUGUACUGUGAUGGCUCUCUGUUAAUGUAAAUGAACACGGAAGUAAAAAGUCUUCAAUUAA